AUGGCUCCACGUCCACGCCGUCCGCGACCAAAGAUUUCCCUCUGGGCACGGUUCAGAUGGUGGUUGCGCUUCUGCCAUUCGCCUUUGAGGCUUAGGGGAAGCUACCGACGCCUCAGCCAUCAUAACAGGUAUCCAUUGCUCAAGCUCUUGCGAAUGUUCAUACCAUAUCCGACUUGGUAUUUUCCGAUCGAAGGCCCAUUCCCUCUUCGACCACUUAUCGAAGAUACACAAAACAAGACCAAUAUAAUCAACUCCCACUUUGGAGAUAUACAUAACCUUCGAGAUGUUCCUAUCUGGCAGUGGCGGGACACCCCGCUACGAUCCAUUUAUCGACUCUAUGAGUUACAUCUAGCUGACAAGUAUGCUCUGAUUGGCUGGGAAACAGAGUACUUCUUCUUUCGUCCUGAUUGGAAGCUGGUAGACAUACCUGAUCCUAAGGAUCCCGAUCCGAUUCGCUACGCCAUCCUCGCUUCUAUCACCGAGGAGAUACUCGACGCGUUCAACUGGAGAUUGAGCUUAGGCCUACGGAGGAAUGGAGAGAAAGUAUUACGGGAGGAUGAAGGUGACCCGUGGCCGCCCUUUACCCCAGAGGAGCUACCCAACUGGACAGCCAAAGUGGCACCAAUUGAUAAGGGACAACUCAAGCAGACCGUUCCGCCUAGCAGCCUUGACGCCGAUGGAAAUCUGGUACUUGAGGAACGCGGCAAAUCGCUCAAUUUCAGAAAACGCAACAUCAUCACAAACAGCGGAUGGCUCUAUACUAUCUAA